AUGACGACCACCGUGCUCAUCGGACAGGCGCCCACCAACCUCGGGCCGCUGACCACGACCUUCACGCCGCCGGCGGCGUGCACAGUGGCCGUCGGCGCAAGAGGCGGCGGAUUGGUGGGGCUGUUACUCGGCGGCGGGACCAGCGACGUUGCGUACCUCGGCCAGGCGUGCACCGCAGGGAGCGCCGUCGAUGCCACGUCAUGUUGGCCGUCGACAUCGAAGGGGGCCCAGAGCCAAAAACCGCCGCUCCAGGGAUGGGGUUUUUACUCCCCUGGACUGCACUGUCCCGUGGGGUACGCCACAGCCUGCUCGGCGACAGGAGGCAGCGGAGGGGGUUCGGGUUGGCCGGUGCAGUUUAAGCUGCGAGACGGGGAGACGGCAGUGGGCUGCUGUCCGAGUGGUUAUGGCUGUGCCAACAUCAACGGCCAGACAUGCACGAUGGUGGCCACGUCCACCACCGUGCCCACCGUCACAUGCGACGGGAAUAAGAGCGGGGACUUGGCCGUUCGGACAGUCCCUGAUGCGGCGGCGUCCAUCACAGCGCUCAGCCUGUUCGCGCCCAUGAUCCAGAUCAACUGGCAGAGCAGCGACCGUCCGGCCUCCAGCACCGAGUCAACACGACCAACCGCCACCAGCACAUCAACUGACAACCGCAUCACGGCGUCCGGGACGCACACCAUCGGCACGGGCGCCGACUCCAGCGCCGAGACGACGCUGGUGAUCGACGGCCACCCGCAGACCAGCGGCACGGCGCACAUCGUCAUCGGCGCCGGCACGCCGACCUCGACGCCGUCGCUGCAGGGAGACGACAAGGCGGCGGCGUCCGACAGCAGCGGGGGGUUCAGCUCGGCAGCCAAGGUGGCGGUGGGGGUGGGCGGGGCGGUCGCGGUGCUCACGCUGCUGGUGUGCGCGCUCUUCUACUACCUGCGGCGGCGCAAGAGCCGGCGCGAGGAGCAGGAGCUGGACCGGCUGUUCGGCACGGCUAAUGCGAAGCACGAGAUGACCGCCGCCGGGGAUUUCACCAGCAGCAGCGACAUCCCCGGCUGGUACCGCGGCCAAAGGCUGGCGACGCUGACGAAGGAUCCGUUUCGAGAUGCGUGGGGCAUACGCGAGCCCGAGAUGCCGCUGCCGCCGCCGCCACCGGUAGCGAGGGAGCCAUACUUUCGUCCGUAUCGGCCGUGA